GUUAGGAAAAUGGGCUGUUUUUGUCCAAUGCUCAGUCGUCUUGAAGAGAAUCAGAAUGGCCGUCAGGAACCCAUUGCAGGCCAUUCUACCAGAGGGCAGCUGGGACUGCCACCAUCAUAUCUUCGAACGCUUAGCUGCCGAGUUCCCAUACGCACCUGACCGACACUUGACGCCACCGCCUGCAACCGUGGCAAAGUUCUUGGAGUUUAAGCAGAAAGUUGGCGUAUCAAAUUCGGUACUAACUCAUGGCUUAUCGUAUGGAUCUGACUGUUCGUCGUUGGGUGCCUUUAUAUCCCGGAUUGGCAAGUCGUCAACGAAAGGAAUUGGUGUAAUUGACCCCGAUUUCGUAUCCGACGAAGAACUGGACAUACUGAAAGCGGCUGGAGUCUGCGGAAUCCGAGUCAAUCUUUACAAAUACAAGGCCAUGGACGAUGUCGAACUGCAGAAGGUUGCGUUACGAGCACACGCAAACCGCAUCAUAGGCCGCUGUCCAGGCUGGAGUUUGACCAUCACCCACACCCACCCAGAAUUCUGGGCGGAGUUGAGGCCUUUGGUUGAAAGGGAGCUUGUACCAGCUGGUAUUCCGCUGGUGACGGAUCAUUUUGCUCUAUUGAAAGGGAAGAGCAUGCUGCCGGAUUUCUGCAACGGCGACGUCACCGCUCAGCCUGGCUUCAGAGACAUAACUGAACUCCUGCGGAAAGGCAUUCUUUGGGUGAAGAUAAGCGCACCGUACAGGGUGAGUGAGAUAGAGCCCAACUAUGCAGAUUUGGAACCGCUUGUCCGGGGGUUAGUGGAUGCUAAUCCGCGACGAAUCAUCUGGGGGAGCGAUUGGCCGCACACGCCGAGGAUGAAAGUCCGGCUGCCGGGAGAGGCAUUGAAAGAGACACCCUAUCUCAAGGUAGACGAUGUUGGUUGGUUGACAAGCCUUCGCUCUUGGCUAUCCGAGGAAGAGUGGAUGAACAUGAUGGUUUACAACUCCAGAGAGCUGUAUGGUCAGGUUUGA